AUGUUGUUGUUUCCCAUCAUAAUUUAUUUUUAAUAAAAUUCGGAGGCUUUUGAAAAGAAAGAAUAACCAAUUGAGAUUUCACACUUCCCUUCCAUAUCGAAACAAAAGCCCUUCCCUUCCAUAUCACUUGCAACCGCCGCCGUCACUUCUCCGACGAUCCCAAACCUAGUUUCACGGUUUCAACUCCAUCGUUCACCUUUACAGUUAUCAAAAACUCUCAAAGGUUGAAUUAUAAAACAAUUCAUGGCUGACGUAACGCAAGUGGUUGAGCAUGGAAGUGAGCUGGGAAAGAGGAAGUUUGGUAGGAACCAAGGCCGUAAAAAGUCAAGUAAGAAACCAAAAGUGAUGAAGCCACCACACGGACAGAAGAAAGUUAAAAUCAACCAACAAAUGAAGAAACUUUACAACAAGCGAGCACGCGAGUAUAAUUCUGAUGAUGAUGAAGAUGAGACAACUGCCCCUGCUACUGGGAGUACUAGACAUGUUGCAUCUAUGAAGAAUCGAGGCGUCACAUCUUUCACCAAAAAUAAGCAUGAGGAGGAAGACAUGGAAAGUGAAGAUCUAUCCGAAGAUGAAGGAGCAGCAGAAGGACAAAGAACACAGAAGAAGCAUGUUACUGAUAAGAAAGUUAAUUUCGCUGAGGAUGAAGAAGAAGAGGAGGAUGAAAUUCAGCCAGGAAUUACUAAAUUCAUGGAAGGUUGUAAAGCAUUCAAGAUGGCCUUCAAGAGUAUUAUAAAGAAGAGUGUUUCUGAUGACUUGUUGGGUCCAGUAUUGUCAGAUCACAAGAAUCUUGUUAUAGAAAAGCUUGCGGAAGAGGAGACAGAGCGCAAGAUCAAGGGAGAGACAAAAAAGGAAAAGCUGAUGCUAGCAGAAAAGGGACAUGUCACACCUGCUAAUUAUUUGGACGCGCACGAAAAGUUUCUUAUAAGUGUAGCGACAAAAGGAGUGGUCAAGCUGUUCAAUGCUGUCAACAAAGCUCAAGUUGCUCAGAAAGGGCUGGACCCCUCAAAGAACAGGGAUGCAAAGGUUAUAAAGAAGCGCACCAAAGAAGCCUUCUUUUCAGCGUUAGGGAAGCCAGCUAUUGGCACCUCUGCAAAGGCCAAUGCAAGCACAAACAAGGGAGAAGAUGAACAACCUUCUUGGGCUCCAUUACGCGAUAAUUAUAUGCUGACAAGUUCGAGAAUAAAGGAUUGGGACAAAAACGCACCAGGUAAAAAUGAAUCAGAUGACAUUGAAAAGAUUUCCCAAGAUAGCAGUUCCGAUGAAGAUUAAGGUUUUGAAACUUGAAAAGGCAGCAUCGGCGUGUUUCUAGUGGGAUAAUCGGUCAAAUUUUCAAAAUUGUUCCAUUUCUGCUCAUUACGUUACUAAAGAAUGGAAUUGGAGAAACUUGAUGGCUGAUUGGCCGGCCUUUGGUAUAAACCAACCAAUUUUGAAUUUGUUCACUGAACCAAAGUUACUGAACAUGAUGAAUAGAGUCUCUUUAUUAUUAUCCAAUUGUAUUAGGAAUAUGAUUCUCUGUAGUAAUAGACUAUUUAUGGUUUUAUUGCCGAAAAGUAAAUCAUCCAAUUAAUCGAAAGCUUGGAAAAUCUUUAAUUUCCCAUUUUGAUGAGGAACUUUUAUGUAAACGAUUUAGUAUUUGAUUUCGUCGUAGGGUAUUAGAA